AUGAGCUCGGUGGAAACCAAGCGCUUGCAGCUACAGUGGCAGAGCUUCAAGUGCAUACCCAAUGAGAAUCUUAUAGACUUCUAUAGUUGCAUUAUAGUGGGUGAGAAUAAAAGUCUCUUAAGUGCUGAAGCACAAUACACGCGCAUUUUGCCACAAUACAGUGUAAGUUUUAAAUUAUAUUUGCCACGCCCACCGUUCCAUGAAAUGCGCAAUAGUUUCGAAACUGUUGUGGAUGUCUGUCAGUUUAUAAAAGGCGCCAAUAGCAAUCGAUUUAUACAAGCUGCCUAUAAAUCCAUGAGCAAGUCCGGCAACUUAGCCAAGAAAUGUCCGCAGCCAAAGGGUCUUUAUUAUUUUUACAACACAAGUGUUGGUGACUAUUUGCCAGAUUUUUUGCCCAAAACAGAAUUCAAAGUGCAAUUGGAUUUUUUUACGCCAACUGAAAUGGGCAUAAAUAUUACACUAGUUGGACGACUCUUUGAGCCACGACGACAGGGCUGA